UUUGCUUUUUCGUGAUCUUCUUCAACUUGAUGAUGUUGUGAUGUUGUCUCGACUGUGGACGUGCAAGCCAAGCUACAACGCAUUGCAGUCUUUUCUCCUACUGGCAUUGGUGUACACACAUUGAAGCACUCCAAGAGGAAAGACAACACGAUGAGAAUAUCUCGCAGAGUGUGUGUUUUCUGGGCCUUGCUGGCCACCCAAGAACUCCAUGCGUUUUCAACGGUAUCAAGAACCCGCCCUUUGGCAACCUCUGCUAUUGCUCCAUCUCGAAAAGCGGCGACCUUGGACAGUGUGGAUGAAAGGAUAGGCAUCUCCUUGGAUUUUUCGUUUGCCGACACCAACAACGUGAGCGAAGGUGGCCACUCAUUUCCUGACCGGGAAGAGUUCACGGAUAUCCUUCUCAAUGAAGAAGAAUAUCCCAUUGGAUCCUUACCCAAGGAGGUGGUGGGAUCGGCUUUCGAAGUCUUGUUCCAAUGGGGAAAGGUCGGGACGGUGGAAGGAGCUGAAAUGGUGGAGCGAUUAAUUGAACGCUUUGAAAAAGAAGGAGAUCAGAUAGUCAACAAUCGGCAUUACACAGUGGGGGUGUUGGCAUGGGCCAAAGUGGGAAGUUUCAGCGCCGCUAAAAGGGCAGAAAAGCUUGUGGCGAGAAUGGAGGAAAUUGGGACAAGCAAUCCAUUUGUAGCUCCUACACGCACAACCUACAGCAUUGUCGCUCGCGCUUUCGCCGCUGCGAAUAAACCCAACCGAAGUGUCAAGGUGAUUCACUUUAUGGAGAAAACGCCCAAUUUAUUGCCCGCGUUUGGUGACUACAAUGCGCUGCUCUCGGCAUACGCUCGGUGUGGAGAUGCACGAGGUGCAGAAGAUGUACUCAAAAAGUUGGUGGAUCUCUGCAAGGAAACUGGCUCCAAUGAAUACGAGCCUGACAUGCAUAUCUAUCACAGAAUUCUGGACGCAUGGGCUGUCUCAAAUGACCGUUUUGCGGCAAAACGUGCCACACAAAUAUUACAAGCGUUGCACACCCAAGCGGAUCAGGGAGAGCAUUCCCUUGAACCUGACGCUAGAACUUACACUGCUGUCAUCUCUGCAAUUGUGCGCAGUGACGAUAAAGACCGAAUACAGCAAGCUGAAGCUCUGUUCGAGCAAGCUUUAGAAAGAGGAAUCACACCCGAUUGCUAUUUGUAUUCUGCAAUGAUGCAAGCCUAUGCCAAUGUCGGUGCAGUCGAAAAGACUGAAGAAAUACUCAAGGUUUUGGAGGAACAAGGGAUCGCGAACAGCGUUCCCUACAACUCGGUUAUCAAAGCCUGGAAAAGUAGCUUCGAACCUGAUGCAGCAGAGAGAGCUGAGAAAGUUCUGGAACGGAUGGUUGAGCUUGGUAUUGCGGACAGAAUUAGCUACACGACAGUAAUGGCAGCGUACGCUAAGCGGGGUGACCUGGAUUCGGCACUCCGGGCGGAAUCUCUCUUGGAGCAAAUGCAGGAGUUGCACAUUCAAGGGGACAAGAAAGUCAAACCCAACCUUCAGACUUACAACACAGUCCUCAAUUGCUGGACCAAGUAUGGUGACGUUUUUCGUGCUGAGAAGAUUCUGGACCAGAUGGAGGAUAUGAGCCGAAAUGGUCAAUUGCAGUCCAGCCCCAACUGUGUCUCAUACACAACUGUAAUCAAUGGCUGGUGGAGAUCAAAGAAGAAGGAAGCCCCGGCAAGGGCGGAACGAUUGUUCAAGAGAAUGACAGACAGUUACAAGGCUGGAAAUAAGUCUGCUCGUCCCAACCACAUCAGCUAUGUUAACCUCAUCAAUGCAAUUGCACGGUCAAGAGAGGAAGAGGCAGCUCAGCGAGCAGAGGAUGUUCUAUUUGAAAUGUACGAUCAAUUCAAAGAGGGCCAUACUGACAUCAAACCCAAUGGAAGGCUGGUGGGCAUGGUGAUGGACAGUUGGCAAAAGUCAGGCAGUAACAAUGCUGGAGAGAAAGCUGAAGCACUCUUGGACUGGCUGAACAGCCUGUACGAGGAAUAUCAGGACAAGGACUUUCAGCCAAACGAGUUCAUCUGCAGUUCUGCGAUAUCGGCAUGGAGCAAGUCUCGGUGUUUCGGAAAGGCAGAGCGAGCGCGUGGAAUCCUCGAAAAGAUGAAAGCAAUGCAUGAGGCUGGUAUUAUUGCGUCCCCUCCGAAUACGCACUGUUACACGGCUGUGAUCAAUAGUUGCGCCUACUGUAUGGACGAUGCAGCCGAAAAGAGUCGAGCUCUAUCGAUCGCGCUUGGUACCUAUAAAGAGCUCGAACGCACUCCUGCCCACGGAAAAGCCAACCAUGUGACUUACGCAACAGUCAUUGCCGCACUCACCAAUCUGCUUCCACCGAGUGCUGAGAGGACAGUCGCCAAUGUAUCCGUGUUUAAGCGAUGCUGCGCAACCGGGCAGGUUGAUGCCUUGGUUUUGAGGCGGCUGCAAGGAGCGCUGACCGCGGAAGAGAUGAAAGCAGUUUUGGCUUCUGGUGGCGAUGGAAUAGUCACUGCUGACGGCACGGUGAACUUGAACAAGAUUCCAGAGGCAUGGCAGCAUGCCGUGGACCGGUAACUUACCACAAGCAGCGUGCAAGGGAAUACAGUCCGCUGGUUAUGACUUGACAAAGAAUGUACAUACAACCGCUGCAGGAAGCCUAUCUUUGAUCUGACCUUUGCGCUGGUGUUGUCUGAUCAGCUUAGCACGAGAAAAAGAUGCAAAGCAAAAACAUGGCAUUGAGAAAAAAAGAACAUCAUCAGCGCGAGUUCUCAGCAAAUGGAUCCACGUUGUCUAACACGAAACAAAUCCAGCAAGCUUCGCGGUUCAUCCUCCACUAGCUAGCUAGCUAUGCUACAUGAUAUAACUAGAUGAUAAUCAGCAAAAAACGCGCCAAUAAUAGGUAGAGAUGCCGCGUAGCUGUUCAUAAUGAAGUUCAAGACAUCUUCAUCAAUGA